AGACUAUACACUAAUGAUUGAGGUUUCAAGCAGGGCAAGCGAAUGCAAUUAACCGAGUGCAUCCGGUUACAGUAAGCCAACAUGAGCAAAGUACCAGCGGCGGCCGAGGGCCCUCAGCCAGAACUGAGCCAUAGAAUCUUAGCUGCAGCUGGCGCUUCAGUUGUAUCGGCGUUGCUAGUGAAUCCUCUAGAUGUAAUUAAGACACGUGUUCAGGCUUCUUCUAUGGUUGUGGACCGUCCCCUACCCAGCUGCUUACUCACCCGCGUCUCUGGCAGGUAUCCAGCCAGAUGGGUGCGGCCGCCAUCCGUAUCCGACUGCCAGUCAACAAAGCUUCCAGCCAUCCCAGCCACCGGCUGCACCACAGCCAUCGGGACUUGUAGCUCGCUACACCACGGCGACGCUGCCUCGCAGCUGCACCGGCUGCUGCAGGGGCGGGUGCCCAUGUCAUCAUGUGCAUGCGCUCUCAAGGUUGCGGACCUAGGUCCCGGCAGCCUGGGCACCCCGGAGAGGUGUCUCAACCGCAGCCCCUACCGCCCCCCAACAGCUCGAGGAGUGCUACGAGACAUCCUACGCAAGGAGGGCGUGUGGGCGUUGUGGCGUGGUACCGACACCGCCAUCCUCGCCAGCAUACCCAUGGUGGGUGUCUACAUGCCGCUGUACGACCACCUCCUGCAACGUACGACAGCCCUCAUGGAGCCGUACUACGCCCCCGCGGUGGCUGGAUCCGCUGCUCGUACCCUGGCGGUGCUCCUGGUGGGCCCUCUGGAGCUGGUGCGGACCCGGCAGCAGGGCAGCGCAGGGGGCUCACGAACCGCCUGGGCGGCGUUGCGGGAGACGUUGCGGGAGACCGCUGCGGCGGCGCCAGCGGCGGCAACUGCAGCUAGUGCCGGUGCCGUACCGGCAAGCGUUGCUGCCGCUGCUGCUGCUGCCAGCGCUGGCGCCUCGGUCGUUGGCUGUAGUAGAUCAGGGAGUGUGAUGGGGUCAGGAGGACGGGCGCUGCCGGCACCGGCAGCAGGAGCAGCGGCACCCUCGACGUUGCAGUGUGCUUGUGUUACCGGUGGAAGGCCAACGGUCGGGCCAGCAACAGCAGCAGCAGCAGCAACAGCAGCAGCAGCAGGCAGUGCAUCAGCGGCGGCAUCACCAUCAACAGCAGCAGCAGCGACACCAGCAGCAGCAGUACAUGGUACAACAGGAGGUGGGAGUACGGCAGGGUUGCUGCGAGGGUUGCCGCGGCUGUGGACGGGGGUGGGCGCUACGCUAGCCCGCGAUGUGCCCUUCUCCGCCCUCUACUGGGCGCUAGUGGAGCCGCUGAGGGGCGGUCUGCUGGCGCAGUGGGGCCGGGCGGCAGCGGGGGCGCCGGACUUCCCACCCUCGUUAGAUCAGCAGCAGCAGCAGCAGCAACUGACACCGACGCACAGUCCCAGCAGCCCCCACCAGCACCAGCAGCAGCAAGACACCACCCCGCACCUAUCUCAGCAGCAGCAACAACACCAGCAGAACCAGCAUCAUGCCCCUCCUCCAGGACAGCAACAACACCAGCCCCAUCACAUGCACCAGCAGCAGCACCACCAGCCCCAGCAGCACCCCCCCUCGGGUCGAGCCGUGCUGGCCGCCAACCUCAUCGCGGGCAGCACGGCGGGGGCCCUGGCCGCCGUCAUCACCACUCCCUUUGACGUGGUGAAGACGCGGCUGCAGGUGGGCGAUGUGCGCAGCGGGGUGACGGGGG